GUACAUAUACAUGGGGAUCUGGUUAAAAAUGCAAAGUAUUCGAAAACAGCCUUCGAUUCUACAUUUCCAGCAACUUCCCAGGUGAUGUGGAUGUUCCUGGUCUAUAAAUCAUACUUUGAGUAGCAAUUCAAGGAGUUAGGGGAGACUUCUCUAAGGCAAAUAAGCUUGAACUGACAGCUGAAGAGGAACUUGACUAAAGUAGAGGAGACUUCUAGGCACAAGGACCAGCUUAUGCAAGGGCCCUGUAGCACUGGAAAAACUGGAAGAAUGUCAGUGUGACUGGUGCGCAGAAUUUGGAGAAAGAGAGAGAGCUGCAGAGAGUAUGGGAUCACUAUGAGGUCUAGAAUAUUGCAUUUACCUUGAUGGUAGAAGACGCUGAUGGUUGUUAAACAGGAAAGGAACACAGACAUCUGCCUUUUGAAAAGAUCAGUCCAUCUGCAUUAUGAACAGAUUGGGGGAAAGGAUUGGAAACAAAGCAGAUACAGAGCACCAGUUAAGAACUGGGAGGCUAAAGCAGUCUGCACAACAGGUAGCUUGACUAGCAGUGCCGGAGAUAGAUGGAAAGAAGCAGAAUAUCUGAGAACUACACAGGAAAUGAAAUUCGUAGGAUUUUGUAGAGGAUUUGACAUGGGGUGGAGAGCGGGGGUAAGGAAGGGGGCACUCUAAGGGCUGUCACCUGAGCAUCUGGCCACAACUGGAUGGUGAAAGUGCCAUUCAGUGAGGAAAGAAGGGCUAGAAGACGGCCUAGGUGGGGGGAGCGGGGAGACAUGACCAUGAGUUUGGUCUUGGAUGUAUUGACUCUGAGAUCCUUGUGAUGCAUCCAAGGUAAGAAACCAGAUAAGAGGUGGCUUCAAGGGUCUGGGGCUCAGAAGAGAGGUGGGAACUGGAGACGUAAAUAUGGGAAUCAGGUUUAUAUUGGCUCCUAUUAUUUAUACUGAGGGUGAUGGAAGCUGUGGGCAUAAGUGAGAUUCUGAGGUGGAGAGAACAGUAUGAGAUGAGGACCUAGAAUCAAGCCUCCAAAGAUCACAGGCCCUGACGGAUGGUGAGGAGAAUGAGUCUGUGGUAGAGAAAAGAGUGGCAAGAGAAAGAAAAUCUGGAGAGUAUGGGACCUGGCAGACAGGGAAGAAAGAGUUUAGAGGAAGGGGUAGCCAACAAAGCCAAAUGCUGCUGAGAAAUGAUGGAGACUCGGCCAGGGUGGGGUUGUGAAACCAGAGAAGUGGUCUUGCAGAGGACUAAAGCCAAGGCUGAGUGCAGCGCCCAGCGCAGCCCACCAUAUGCCUGCACCCCUUCCGGUAUGCCUGUCUCUCCUCAGUGAGCCACUCCGAUAUCAGUCUUGUCCAUCCUGUUAUCCCCAAAGCCCAGCACACGGCCAGAAUACAGCAGACACUUAAUAAAUUGUACUGAUGAGUGAGCGGAUGGAUGGAUGGAUGGAUGAGCAGGAAGAACUGGAAGCACAAGAGGAAUCGCUGGCACCUGCCUGGGAUGUACUUACUAUCCUUUAGUUAUUCCCUUUAUACCGCAAUGGCCCGCAGACCCAGGGAACAGAGACAGAGCCCCAUCUUCUCCCUCCCCUGGGUCCCGGCCCCCCUUCCUCUCUCUGACGAAGAGUCUGGACCGAAGGUUCUGCUGACGUUGGAAGGGGAGGAGAGUCUGGAGGAAGGGGUGGGGAAAGCGGCGCAGAGAUCGCAGAGACGGAGGAGGCGCCCGCGGCUGCAGAGCUGCAGAGCGGGAUCUCUCGGCUUCUGUGUCUGGGCAACGGGCGCGCCACUGGGCCAGAAGACAGCGCAUCCUUUCCGUGCGGGCCGCCUGGGCCCCUGCGGUCGGCAAACUGGCUCCCCGGGUGGCCACCGGGACCCCCGAGCCCAAUGGCGGGGGCGGCAGCAAGAUCGACAGCACUGUAGAGAUCACCCCCAGCCCCAACGGACAGGUCGGGACCCUUGGAGAUGCGGUGCCCACGGAGCAGCUGCAGGGUGAGCGGGAGCGCGAACGCGAGCGGGAGGGGGAGGGCCACGCGGGCGGCGACGGGAUGGGCAGCAGCCUGUCGCUGGCCGUGCCCCCCGGCCCCCUCAGCUUCGAGGCGCUGCUCGCCCAGGUUGGGGCGCUGGGCGGCGGCCAGCAGCUGCAGCUCGGCCUCUGCUGCCUGCCCGUGCUCUUCGUGGCGCUGGGCCUGGCCUCCGACCCCAUCUUCACGCUGGCACCCCCGCUGCAUUGCCACUACGGGGCCUUCCCCCCCAACGCCUCCGGCUGGGAGCAGCCCCCCAACGCCAGCGGCGUCAGCGUCGCCAGCGCGGCCCUAGCCGCCAGCGCCGCCAGCCGCCUCGCCACCAGUACGGACCCCUCGUGCAGCGGCUUCGCUCCGCCGGACUUCAACCACUGUCUCAAGGACUGGGACUAUAACGGCCUCCCGGUGCUCACCACCAACGCCAUCGGCCAGUGGGAUCUGGUGUGUGACCUGGGCUGGCAGGUGAUCCUGGAGCAGAUCCUCUUCAUCUUGGGCUUCGCCUCUGGCUACCUGUUCCUGGGCUACCCAGCAGACAGGUUUGGCCGACGUGGGAUUGUGCUGCUGACUCUGGGACUGGUGGGCCCCUGUGGAGUGGGAGGUGCUGCUGCAGGUUCCUCCACGGGUGUCAUGGCCCUCCGAUUCCUCCUGGGCUUCCUGCUUGCUGGCGUUGACCUUGGUGUCUACCUGAUGCGGCUGGAGCUGUGCGACCCAACCCAGAGGCUUCGGGUGGCCCUGGCAGGGGAGUUGGUGGGGGUAGGGGGGCACUUCCUGUUCCUGGGCCUGGCCCUUGUCUCUAAGGACUGGCGAUUUCUUCAGCGAAUGAUCACCGCUCCCUGCAUCCUCUUCCUGUUUUAUGGCUGGCCUGGUCUGUUUCUGGAGUCUGCACGGUGGCUGAUAGUGAAGCGACAGAUUGAGGAGGCCCAGUCUGUGCUGAGGAUCCUGGCUGAGCGGAACCGGCCCCAUGGGCAGAUGCUGGGAGAAGAGGCCCAGGAGGCCCUGCAGGACCUGGAGAACACCUGCCCUCUCCCUGCAACAUCCUCCUUUUCCUUCGCUUCCCUCCUCAACUACCGCAACAUCUGGAAAAAUCUGCUUAUCUUGGGCUUCACCAACUUUAUUGCCCACGCCAUUCGCCACUGCUACCAGCCUGUGGGAGGAGGAGGGAGCCCAUCAGACUUCUACCUGUGCUCCCUACUGGCCAGCGGCACAGCGGCCCUGGCCUGCGUCUUCCUGGGGGUCACCGUGGACCGAUUCGGCCGCCGGGGCAUCCUGCUUCUCUCGAUGACACUCACUGGCAUUGCAUCCCUGGCCCUGCUGGGCCUGUGGGACUAUCUGAACGAGGCUGCCAUCACCACCUUCUCGGUCCUUGGGCUCUUCUCCUCCCAAGCUGCCGGCAUCCUUAGCACCCUCCUUGCUGCUGAAGUCAUCCCUACCACGGUCCGGGGCCGAGGCCUGGGCCUCAUCAUGGCGCUGGGGGCGCUCGGCGGGCUGAGUGGCCCAGCCCAGCGCCUCCACAUGGGCCACGGGGCCUUCCUACAGCACGUGGUCCUGGCGGCCUGUGCGCUCCUCUGCAUCCUCAGCAUCAUGCUUCUGCCGGAGACCAAGCGCAAGCUCCUGCCGGAGGUGCUCCGGGAUGGGGAGCUGUGCCGCCGGCCUUCCCUGCUGCGGCAGCCCCCCCGCAACCGCUGUGACCACGUCCCGCUGCUUGCCACCCCCAACCCCGCCCUCUGAGUGACCUCUGAGCACCCUGGCAGGAGGCUGGCCCAUACCGAAAAGUGGCACAAGGCCCUGGCAAGGAGAGCGGGAGGACUGAGUGAGAGAGGCAGGGCUGCCCGCGAGGCUCAGAGGCACCUCGGGCCAGACACGAAGGGGCGCUCAGGGGGCUGCCCUCACCCCAUCUCCCCCCGCUGCUGCUUGGUGUUCACUCCCUUGGCUAGAGUCAGGGAGCAGGGAGAGAGCUCCACACUGUACCACCAGGUCUGGGCUCCAUCCUGUGCCCAACCACAUCCUCCCAGACCUCAUUCUUUCUUGCUCUAUCACUCUGUUUCAAUAAAGACAUUUUGAAUAAAUGAGCAUACCAU